ACACAGACCUACAUUGCUCUCGCCGGUUCGAUUACUUUUCAGUCCUCAGUGCGGGAAAGUUAAAUCGUUUUAUGGAAAAACCACACAGCUUUUUAGCCAAACUUGUCAAUGGCGCUAUUGCUGGAGUGGUGGGAGUUACCUGUACUUUUCCGUUGGACCUUUGUAAAACAAGACUGCAGGAUCAGAGAAAUCUUGGAGCUCAAAAACACUACAGAAACUUAGCGGACUGUUUAUGGAAAGUAGCAAGAGCAGAAGGAGUACAGGGCUUAUACAAAGGCAUGGGAAUAAACCUGUUACUUAUAAACCCAGAGAAAGCUAUAAAACUUGCUGUAAACGACCAAAUACGACAACUGUAUGGUGGAAGAAGAUGUAGACUACCCUUAACCAAAGAGAUGAUAGCCGGUGGAGCUGCCGGGUUUUGUCAGGUGAUCAUCACAACACCAAUGGAAAUGCUUAAAAUACAGCUUCAAAUGGCAGGGACACAAACCACAACGGGUCCGCGAAUGCCUAAUGCAGCUACUGCAGUGGCAGCUGCCAGUUCAAAUCUAAGGACGUUUGGCACCAAGUCAGGUACAGCUCCGAAAUCCGCCAUGAAAAUAGCACAUGACCUGAUGAGAAGCAAGGGGAUCAGUGGCAUUUACAAAGGACUUGGAGCCACAUUAGCAAGGGACGUGCCAUUUUCCUGCAUCUACUUCCCUCUGUUUGCCUUUCUAAGGCUGGAGUUUCAGGGAGAAGGAACACAGAAUGACAACCCAGGUCCUCUGCAAUGCUUGAUAGCUGGCUGUACAGCUGCAAUGGUCGGAAGUGCCGCCGUCACACCAAUGGAUGUUGUGAAGACAAGACUCCAGGUGAUAAGAAGCGGAGGCGAAGCAGCCUACAAUGGCCUGCUGGACUGUGCUCGUAAAACUUACGUAAACGAAGGAAUAAGGGCUUUCUAUAAAGGAACAGUGCCUAGAAUGAUAGUGAUCGCCCCUCUGUUUGGAAUUGCACAGACGGUUUACUUCCUGGGAGUGGCCGAGAGAUUACUAGGACUUGAAGUGGGCGGGAUAUGACGAGAUGAGAGACCAAUACUCAGUACCAGAGACAAGCUGAGUGGGGUCGGGAACGCCCACCACCACGCUU